GAGCGGCAGCUGGAGGUUUUGCGUAGCACAUGUACGACAGAAAACGGAUAAAAAGCGCGGAACAAAAGCUGCGUAAUGUCUGACUGAGAGGCAACAGAACCGAACCAGACCUCCACAGAACACAGCCUCCUCUCCUCUGAACGGGUUCCGAUAGCUGGAAGAGGAACACACACACACACACACAGAGAGAGAGAGAGCCGCAUCACCAGGAAAUAUCUUCAAAAUGGAUCUUCAUGAUAAAGAAAUUCUCCCUGGAGAGAUUUUGCCUGUGGUGAUCAUCGGUAACGGCCCGUCAGGGAUCUGUCUGUCAUACCUGUUGUCAGGUUACACCCCCUACCUGUCACCUGACGCAUCACACCCUAACCCCCUGCUGCACAGCAAGCUGGGAGAGCAGCCUCACCUGUCACUGCUGGAGCAGGAUCUAGAGUACCUGUGCGAGGGGUUGGAGGGACGGUCGUCCAAUCCCGUGGCCGUGCUCUUUGAUUCGCUCCUGCUCCCUGACAGUGACUUCGGAUUGGACCACACGUCUCCGUUGGAAUGGCGAUACGAGCCGGAGCGUGCGGUCCCUCACCUGGUGCUGGGGAAGGGUCCGCCGGGAGGAGCAUGGCAUGCCAUGGAGGGCUCCAUGCUGACUCUGAGCCUGGCUAACUGGAUGGAGCUUCCUGGACUUAAACUGAAAGACUGGAUGAGAGAAAAACGCAGAAAUGUACGAAACGACCGUGCCACACCAGCAGAGAUAGCCUCCUACUACCAACACUACGUUUCCCAGAUGUCCCUGGAGCAGAGCUUCGCCUGUGGAACCACCGUCACCUCGGUAACCAGACAGCCCGGCAGCCAUGAGGGGUCGCCGCCCUGCUGGAGAGUAACGGGACAGCAGCGCAGAGAGGGGGAAGAGCUUGGAGAUGGGUCUUCUGUUUCGGAGGAGGUGCCUUUCUCCCUGCUGGCCCACAAUGUGGUGUUGGCGACGGGGACCCACGACAUUCCGGCCAGGCUCGGUGUGGAGGGCGAGUCCCUGCCCUUCGUCUGCCACUCUUUCUGGGAGCUGGAGGCAGCCAUCUCUCGAGGCGAACUCGACCAGUCGUCAGACCCAGUGCUGGUGGUGGGGGCGGGGCUUACAGCGGCCGACGCAGUACUGGCCGCCCACCAUCUCAACACGCCAGUCUACCACGCCUUCAGACGCUCGGUCACCGACCCCGGCCUCAUCUUCAACCAGCUGCCCAAACUGCUCUACCCAGAGUACCACAAGGUUCACCAGAUGAUGACUCAGCAGCAGUACCGGCCGAACCCUCCACCACACGACCCCGCUCAGAACCUCCAUGACCACUCCACCCCUUCCUCCCUCCCUCCAUCCUCUUCCACCACCUCUUCGUCCCCCUCCUCCUACCCGGGUUACCUCAGCUUCCCACGCUACAGGGUCGUGGCAUUCCGACCCGACCAGAAGUGCGUUCUGGAGUCUGACUCGGGCCAGCGGACGGUGGUCCAGGUCUCCAAGGCGCUGGUUUUGAUCGGCGCUCACCCAAACCUUUCCUUUUUGGAUGACAAUGGCCGCUCGCUCGGCAUCGACCCCAACGAGACAAUCUCGUGCCGGAGGAACCCGAUCGAGGUGGACCCAUUCACGAACAACGUGGUCACGGCAGACGGGCCGGGCAUGUAUGCCAUGGGGCCGUUAGUUGGUGAGAACUUCGUCAGGUUCCUGAAAGGAGGGGCGCUGGCUAUCGCUAGCGACCUCGCCAAGAGGCAGAAGGAGGGAUGGGGGAGAGAAGAAGGGGAUUCAACCACAGACAGAUUAACAGACAGAUGGGUGGACAGACAGGUGACCACACAGACAGAAGCAGAGGUUUGUGUCGUGAAUUCAUAGCAGGUUUCCUGAGACGGGAAGGUUGACUGGACUGAGGCAAACCAACUCUGAUCGGAUCUGACCUAAUGGAUCCAGACAAAACAGGAACUGCUGCAAACAAAAGCCACAGCUCAUGUUUUCCAGAAAUCCCAGAGUUGGAAAAUCAGACACGCUGCUAAGUUGUUUCAGGGUGUGAAACAGGCAACGAAUGGGUUCUACGACUGUACCUGCACUGAUUUGAAUAGGUCUCAUUAGAUCUACUGCAGAUCUGGUUUGGCAAAAAGAGCAGCUUGAGAGAUGCCGACAGUUGUGCUGGCAGAAUCCCUCAGAGAGACGAGUCAUAUGUAAGUUUGAGAAAUGGAGGAAGAAUGAGAAAGAGACUCUGUAGCGAAGGACAGAAAGAGGGUACAUUCGGGUUAUCCGCGUUAAAGUAAAAAAGCUUGAAAUGUACAUACUUACCACCUGGAAGUUGUUCUGAAAACUCCACCGUGACUUUUUGUGUUUGAUUCUCAUCAAUGCCCUCUGGUGGUCAAAUGAUGCAAUGCUGAGAUUCUUUCAAAAUGACCUCAAACAUAUAUCUUCCACGUAUUUGGCAUUUCUAUAAAGCAGUUUCUUACUGGCAAUGUGUCAGAUAUGGUAUGGUAAAACUGUACCCGUAUUACUUUUAAGGAUCAGUGUGUAGGAUUAAGUGCCAUCUAGCGGUGAACCUAACUUAACCUAAACUACGGUGGGCGUAAAAACGUGAUAAGGUCCUAUUUUCAGCCAGUGAUUGAUUGUCCAUUCUGGGCUACUGUAGAAAUAUUUGUAGAUAAAAAUGGUUCAUUGUAAGGUAACGAUCCCCAUAUUCAGGUGAUUAUACACUGAUGAAAACAUACCUAUGGAUAUUAUAUUGUAGUUCUGCCAAUAAACCCUCCUAAAUGUUACACACUGGACCUUUAAAUGACUGCUUAACACGUUUAGGCUUAUACAAUCAAACGGCUGAGCUGAUGCCUGGCUCCUAUUAUUUACGUCCUGCAGUGGAACGUAGAAAGGAAGAGGAGAAGUGAAGAGCAAGAAAAGGAUGAGAGAAAAAUGCGAACUGAAGUGAUCCUUACUGUAGAAGUUCUGGUUUUGGGUCCUUAUCACUCAGAGAGCCUUGAUCACUACUUACUGCAGUCAGCAUCAUACAUGACCAAAACGACACAUGUUGCCUCAGCCUCGCUGUUUUCAAAUGCACGAUGGGGAUAGUUACAAUAUUUCCUAUUAAGUCAAAAAGUAUAAUAUUGCCACACUACACUGUCACACUUUGUUUCCACAUAACAAACUGGUCGAAGGUGAAUUCCUGCUUCUUUCUUUAUAUCAUUUUCUAUGCGUUUGUAUAUUAUAGAUUUGCUUAUUCCUGUGCUGUGUUUUAUUUUUCAGUCGUAACAAGCAACUGUACCUACCUGAUAUAUCUGAAAAACUUUUGGUGAUUAUGAAAAUGUUAUAUACGUAACAAAAUAUCAGAGAAACAUAGAUAUAGAUAUAUUUUUUCUAUAAUUCCUCGCACUGAAAAUGUUGAAUUUGCAGUUUUUGUAAGAACAGUUAGGCUUCUCAAUGAGUUUGGCUUCUCUGUGAACAAUAAUAUAACAAUGAAUGGAUGACAGAUAACCAGCACUGGUUUUUAAGCUCUGUUUGUGUUGGUGUAGUCUUACCAACGGAUGCUAUUUCCACAUGAAUCUACCACUUCUGUAACGUUAAUAAUAACAAGGAAAAUUCUAUUCUGUGUGUUUUGGUUUAAAAGAAAUCACAUGAGAAUAAUAUUGUGGAAAAUUAAAUCAUGUUGAUUUCAGCUGUAAUAUACAUUCUUUUAAGUAAAAUCUCCAUUUAUAAUAACCAUUGUUGGUUUUUAUCAUGGGGGACUAAGCAAAUAACUGAGAAGAUGUAAUCGUAAAAAAUGACUGAGAACCAAUGAAUUAUCAUAAUUUGUGCCAGCUAAGUUUAUGUCAUUUGAUUAAUUAAUUGGCUGAUUUUUCUUCGGUUCAGUUGCUGUUUUACCAGUUGAGUUCAAAAUAAAAUGGCCUUGUUCUUUUUUACAUUAACAACCUACAUACUUAUUAUUUCAUGUCUGUUUUUAUUUAAGGUUAAAUACAUUUAACUUAAAUUCAACACUUUAUGCCUGAAUGCCGAUCGUGGUCUGUGAUCCACAGGAGGCCAGCAGUGCCUUAAGACACAUUAUUCACAGCAAUAUAUUUCAUUGCCUCCAUCUGAAUGUCUCUUUUUAUUAUCAUGUCCACUGUUUCUUUUUAACACAACCUGUUUGUUUGUAUGAAUGGGGUGAUUUAUAAAUCAAACUAAGUUUCCAUCAGUACUGACAGUUUGUCUGUGGGAUUCUAUUAAAAACCUGUUUUUCAGCAAACAUA